AUGGGACAAAGUCGCCAGAAGAGAGACUGGAUCAUCGACACGUUCACCCUUCAAGAAGAGCUGCCAGAUCCAUACCCCAAACUAGUUGGCACGGUAAACUUGGAAGCAGGGUCACGACUCAUGUAUAAACUGCAGGGCGAAGGAGUAGAUGAAGAGCCCAAAGGACUUUUCCAUAUAAAUGAAGAUACUGGAUCCAUUUAUGUCCACCAGAAAAUAGACUUUGAAAAAAAGCGUUUAUUUCAAAUGAAAUUCAAUGCAAUCAACAAAUCUACUAUGAAAGUGGAUACAAGACUCGGGAUUCAUCUGAAGAUCUUGGACAUCAAUGAUAAUGCCCCUGAAUUUAAAAACAAGACUUAUUACAUAUCAGUUAAUGAAAGCGCUGUGCAAGGUUAUACAAUUUUCACAAUGCUGGCCUAUGACAACGACGAAGAAAACACCCCAAACUCUAUAGUCAGCUAUUACCUGAUGUCCCAAACGCCCACUGAUCCCAAUGUCGAGUUCACUAUUGACAAAGAGAAAGGUUUCAUCUCCUUCAAGGGAUGCUUAAAUUAUGAGACUAAUAAGAAUUACAAGUUGGUGAUUGAAGCCCAAGACAAUGGUGUAGAAAAUCAACUGAAAAGCACCUGUGAGGUCCAAAUCACGGUGCUUGAUAGGAACACCCAUCUGCCAACAUUGUCACUAAAAACACUGCAUGCCAAGGUUCCUGAGCAAGCUGUAAACGUAUCCAUCUUGCGAUUUGGAAUCAAUGAUAAGGAUACCCAAUUCACCUCAGGAUGGCAAGCCAAAUUUUCUAUCAUAGAUGGAGAUGAUGAUGAACACUAUACAAUUUUAACAGAUCAAAAGACAAAUGAGGGUGUUCUUAUGGUGAUUAAGGCCUUGGAUUAUGAAAAAAGCACGAAGAGUAAUCUAAUCUUCACGGUUGAAAAUGAAGAACCACUUUACAAUUGCACAGUCCUUAAGAAGCCCUUAACAGGAUUAUGGGUUAUAGACAUACCUAAAGCUCAAGCACAGCCAGACAAACAGAAGAACGAAAUAACAGUAGAUGUCCUCGAUAUGAAUGAUGCUCCCAUUUUUAAACCUCAGAACAUCCUGGUCACUUUAGAGGAACAUUCGAUUCAACCAGGCACUGUGCUGCUGACUGUCCAAGCCAAAGACCCUGAUAUAGUUGCAUCUAAUAAAAUAAAGUACUUUUUGGAGAAUGACACAGCAGACUGGCUAAGUGUAAAUGAAGACACCGGAGUCAUCACCACCAAAAAGCAAUUAGACAGAGAGUCAGAUUAUGUGACAAACAGCAAGUAUAUUGUGAAGGUUCUGGCUGUGGAUGAUGGUGAACCCCCAAUGACUGGAACGGCCACUUUAAUUGUUAACCUGAAGGACAUUAAUGACAAUGUUCCAAAACUGCUAAAUCCCUACAUAACCACUUGCGAGAAAGAGGAGGAGAUACUUCUCACCACACCCAUCAUUGACAAAGACCUCAAACCCUACUCUGGACCCUUCGUCAUCAAUGUCUUAGACAAAGAGCCUGAGAAGAAAUCCAUCAAACUAGUCGAUGGUAAUGAUGAUAUCCUCAAGGUUAAGAAGUUGAAAGAUGCUUAUCAAGGAAACCACACUUUACUUCUAGAAAUCUAUGACCUCCAAGGCACAGCAUCUCAGGAGACUAUCACUGUGCAUGUGUGUGACUGCUUAGGUGGCGAGGCCUGUAUUAAAAAAAUCGCAGACCCACCAACUCUGGGUGGGGGAGCCAUUGCACUACUUCUGUUGGUUCCAGUAUUAUUUAUCUUACUAUGUCUCCUGCUGUGCAAGAUAGAAACCAAGAAAGUCAUGGUCCCUGUGGAAACUGAGCCUCUGAAUUCAAUGAUUGCAUACAAUGAAGAAUCAGAGAAGUUGGAUUGCAUGGCUACAAAUGUAUUAAAUGGAGCUGGGACCCUGGCUGAUGCCACAACCAAUGACCAGGAGGAGAUCGACGCUGCGUUCCACAGAUCCGGCACCAGAAGGCUUUCAACAUCAGCAUUGGUCAUCCAUAAUAAGGCAAAAGUGGGUCACUUCAACAGUAUACAGAACUAUCCAUUAAGAACUCAAGAAGGAGCUGUAGCAGGAGCAGGAACUCUUGAUCGAGCAAACAGACACAGACAUUCGAACUACUCGUUACGAAUUCAAGAAGGAGCUGAAGGAGGAGCUGGAGCUUUUAAUCGAGCAAACAGACGCAGACAUUCGAGCUAUCACAUUGGGAAGAGACAAAACUACGUUCAAAGAUUCAACUCCUUAAGAAUUCAGCAGGCAAAUGGUGGACAUUCUGAUAAUUUCAAUUCUUUGCAAAGCAAAUAUUCCAGGACCCUGGAGACAGCACUAGUAAAGGAAAAUGGUGGAAAUCAUGCUAAUUAUAAUUCUCUGCAAAGAAAAUACUCCAGGACUAUGGAGACAGCAUUAACCGAGGUUGUAGCUACAGAAGGAACAAUUGCCAUAUUUGUAGUUACCUAUGGGUACCUAGUGUCUUUAAGAAGGUGUCACAAAUUAAAGGAUGCAUUGGUCAGCAGCCGUUUAGCUGAAGACAAGGCAACAAAUUGGUUAACCAGCAAAAGACCCAUAGGUAACUACAAAAGUGGCAAUCGUUCCUUCUGUAGCUACGACCUCCAGAAAAAGUUUUUUACCAUUGGAGGCAUUGAUGAUAAGAAAUUACAUGCCCAAAUGAACACACAUUACAUUUACAAGCCUCAUGUGUAUGCCGAGGAGGGAGAACUUUCUCAUGCUUCUUCUCUGGAAUCCAUAAGCAUCCCAGGAAGUAGUGUUAACCCAUCAAGUCUUCAGAGCUUUGGGUCUAAGUUCAACAUUCUGGAGAACAUUUGUCAAGACCACAUGAUAUGGCCCAUGAUAGAGCUUGCAAAGUGUGACACCUUCUUGGCUGAAGCAAUUGCCAACAGAAAUAAAACCUUCCAAGAUACAGACCUUAGUGGUGCUUCUAGCUUAAGCAACCAGUUUCUGGAGUCUAACAGGAAGCUAAGGGCUGAACUUAGUGCCAAAACUAAAUUAGCAAAAACACCAAGCUAUGAUGAUAAACCAAAGGUCAGUAAAUUGAAGAUGAGAAACCCUGGUGCAACCAUUUCAAGGUAA